UUGGUUUAUUUAAUUUUUCAUUUCUCUCGCUAUUAUUUUUCCUUCCUCUACGAAUAAAAUUCUCUCGCAAAUUCAUAUGCAGAGAAACCCUAAUUAAUUCACCAUGGGAGAUUCUGUUCAUCAAGCUCUUGGUGGUGGUUCUGUUGCAGAUGUGCUAUUAUGGAGAAAUCGAAAUGGGGCAAUCAUUUUGUUGUUCUCUUCAAGUGCCUCGUGGUUCCUCUUCGAGAGAGCUGGAUACAAUCUCUUGUCUUUCCUUUCCAAUGUUCUGUUGCUUCUUGUUGUUAUCCUCUUCUUGUGGGCUAAGUCUGCUUCCAUCCUCAACCGGCCUCUACCUCCUGUUCCGAACAUGGAAAUUUCCGAGGAUAUCGCCACUAGGGCAGCUGAUGGUCUGCGGGUUUGGAUUAAUGGUGUAUUGUCAAUUGCCCGAGAGAUCACCAUAGAUAGAAAUUGGGUACGACUCUUUCAGGUUGGUUUUGUCUUGUGGGUUAUAUCCUAUGUUGGAAGUUUGUUCAACUUCCUCACAUUUGUUUACUAUGGUAUUCUUCUCAGUCUCUCCAUUCCCGUUUUGUACGAGAAGUACCGUGAUCAUAUCGAUGACAAGCUGAACUCGGUGCAUAGAGUCAUUCAUAGUAUCCAAAGGAAAGUUCCAAGAUCCUUAAGCAAAGAGAAGAAAACUCAAUAGGUGCAGGUGAAACAAGGCAAGCAAAUUUUCUUUAUGACAUUACCGCGGUAAUUUUCUCUUCCUUGGUAUUUUAACACGACGAUGUUCGAGCACACGGAGAAACUGAGUCGUGGUACAGAUUUUCUCAUCGAUUAUUCCUUAUUAACUGACCUGUUGUUUUUUGUUUUUAAUUUUUUAAUUUGUUUUUCUCCUCUUCGUUGUUUGAAAAAUCCACGAGCUUCCUUGGUUGUGUAUUUAAUGAUUCUACUGUAUUCUCCAAUUAAUACCAUUACCCAGAAUCUCAACAUCGUUA